GUUGUCGAUCUUUGCCGAAGUAUACACGUUGUCAAUGAUUUGUUUGUAUCGGUAAAAAGUUAUAAAUUAUCUAUUAAAUAAUAUAUUUCUAUAUUGAAUGUAUAGAAAUGGCUUCGAGAGAAGGCAAAUGGGUUAGCGGUACUGAUGGAAACGAUUAUCGUCACAGACAAAAAAUUGCUUCGCAAUAUUACGAAAGUUCACUGUAUAAAUCUCGUCUUCGGAUGUCUAUUUUCUUGCAUUUUCUACUUUUCCUACUUAUGGCCUUGAAAUUAUCAGAAAAUAUAUUGAAUCAAUUUGCAAUUACAAUUCAAGAAUUAAAAAAUAUGAACAUUCCAAAACCUCAUUUAUGGGAGUGGAUAUGGACUGUUAGCCUAGUUUUUGCAUUUAUUGGACUCUCCGGUGCUAGAAGAAAUCGUUCAUCACUUAUGCAAAUAUAUGUUACUGGAACAUUCUUGUUUGGUUUAUUUCCAAUAUUUUGGGCAGCAGUUUAUUUUUUGGAAGAUGUUAUUAAUAUUGCUUUAAACAGAAAUUCUACUGAGAUUGAUAAAUGGUUUGGAUAUCCAGUGGCUGUUGUUUGGUAUAUAUUUAUUACUAUAGCAUUUCAAGUACAUAUAUUUUCUAUGUAUUUUGCCGUUAAGCUAAUUAAAGUCUGGGAUAUCAAAAGUACAAAAAAAACAUAAUGCAAAAUAAAAAUGAAGUGAUAAAUGUAAGCAUUCAUGAAUGUAAAAAAAAAAAAAAAAAAAA